CAAAACAAACCAUCUUUGCGCGAUCAUUGACUCCAUUUUCUGCUUUUCGAAUAUAUUUACAUAGUGUGAUUGCACACCGAAUGCAGUUUUACGUAAUUGGGUACCGAAAGUGAAACGCACAAGCAGAGGCGAGAUGAAAAUGGAGAUGAGGGGUUACUGCUGCAACACCCGCCUAUCAAUUAUCAUUUCAUCCGAGUGAUGAAAGUGUUUUUGGAUGAAACUUCUUCCAUAUAUAUAUAUUUUUUGGGAAAUGAUUGUACAUUAAUUAGAUUUCACUUCAGCACUAGGCAGGCGAGGUCGACGAAACAAUGAUUCCAUAUGCCACCACCAACAAAGUUACGUCGAAAUCCUAUGAAAAUGGUGAUCAUUUCCCCUUCACUUCCUUACUAGUUUGUUGGUUUUAUUGAUUCUGUUGCUCUCAAAAUUCACUCUUUCUAUUCAUUUGCGAGUCAUUUUUUUACAUUAGAUAUAGUCCUGUAGAUGGGUUAGAAAACAGUCGUGUGAGACUACAUUUAGAAUAGAUUAGAAAACAAUGUUUAGGCAAGAAAGAGGAAUUCGUAAUCAACCAUAAAACCUCAAAUUUUCAGUUGUCCACAAUAAAUUUUAUCCGAGAUUACAUUACUCAAUCCGUCGCCAUGUUCACAUAGUGAUUUAUAGUUAAUUCUUCAUACUGUCGUCGCAGACGAAAGUUAUUUACAUUACGUAUCCAUUAAAUGUAUGCCAACCGACCAAAACCAACGACGACGUGAUAGAACAGCGCCAACCAUCGCCAUCCGAAACAGUUGCCUAUUUUUAGCUAAUAGUUGUUUGUUUCUUAUAUUUUCUCCUUUAAAUUCAUCGAACGUCAACAACACCCGGUUGAACUAUGCCAUACUAUUCGCUCGGGGUUUUAGGUGUAAGUGUUGCUCUGUGGUGUCGUAUCGGGUAGAGACGACGACCAUGGCAAAAGCAGUAGUUCGUCUCGUCAAACGCAUCAUCGUAAGCAGACGAUAUGGAAGAUGACAGCCACUUUGAACGUUGAACACAAAAAAAAACUGAUGAGAAACAAAACUGAACAAUAGUGCAGCAGUCGUACUUUUACGGAACGCCCUAUCUGGGAACGACGGCCGGAACAACAGGAGCAGCCGCCGCGGCCGCCUCUGGAUUGAUGCCAAUUCCUGCCACUCAGCUGUCACAUGCCGCUGCGAUCGCGGCCGCCACUAGUCAAUUCUACGAAUAUCAGAAUGCUGUUGCAGCUGCCGCCGCCGCGCCCUACCCUGGCCAGUACAGUGGGUUUGAAGCGUACCCGUACGCCACCGCUGCCGGUGCUACAGGGGCUGCUGCAGCGGCCGCUCAGUACAUGGCAGCACCGUAUACGUACGCAACACUACCCCAGGGAGCUGCAGCCGCCGCGGCUGCGGCUGGUGGGUUUCCCGGACUGUCGCCAUACCAGAACGCAGCUGGUGCUGCGGCCGCUUCCGCACUACAAGAGGCAAGACUUCAAUAAUAUUUACCGAAAUCGUCCUCUACCUUGUCACUACUGGCACUGCUAGGCGGCGGAGUUGACAAGAUCUGAGAAAAGCGCCGGUGGUGCACCCUGGUGGACGAAACAAACUGGGAACACUGUUGCGACAUGUUAUCAUCACAACAACAAUGACAGAUAGACAGACACAGAGAGCGGCAGCAGCUAGAUUAGCUAGGCAGUUCUUUUUUACACAUAGAUAUUAUCUAGUACUUAUGCAAAUAGUAGGUCUUAAGUAAUCAAUUAUUUACUUAUCGAAAGAUUAUUAUUAUUACUGAUAUUAAAAUCAUAAAUUAACCUAUUUAUUAUAAAUUAGUUCGUACGGUCAAAACUUAUUAUUUACUAAGUAAUGAAGAACAACAAAGCUCAACACUAAGACAUAUGAACCGUAACAUUUAAACAAAAUCCUUCGAUUAUUAAUUAUUAUUAUUAUUAUUAUCACUAAUCAUCAUAAGGAAAAACUUAGUUGUAAAUUAUUCUAUUAUACAUGGAAAAGUAAUGCAACUAUCAUUGCAAUAAACAUAUUUUAAACAUUUCCUUUUUUUAUCAACCAAUAAGCGAACCAAUACAGAAGCAAUACAUUUCACGCUACAACCCAAAAAGGAACCAAAUUUAUUAAGAAGAAGAGUAAAAGGCACACCUUUACUUAAACUCUAAACGAGUAAUCUCAAAGAAAGCUAAUAUAUUUUAACGUAAAGAACAAUAAGAAAACAUAUUACAUCUAACCAUAAAUCCUUCAUAUUAGAAAAAUUAUUUCAAUUUGAAACUCGACAAACACACCAAGUUGGAUGAUGUGAAGCUCUGAUAACAUAUUACUUUAUUGCCGAUUAAACCUUAGUGAUAUUUAUCAAUUAUAAAGUCUACUAUUAACAUACUAAAAGAACUAUUUAUACACUGAAAAAGAGACAACUUAAAUUUCAGAAGAAAAUUGCGACGAAAUGUUCUGUUAAGUGUUGGAAGCUCGAAACAAAAUUCUCCUCGAAAAAAAAAACACAACUUAUACCAAACCGUAUUUAAACUUUUGACAAGUUCAUUUGCUACAAUACAAAACUCAAUUCCUAUCAACCAAACCAUAACCCACAUGUUCUUUUUGUUGAAUAAUUGCUAGCAAAAAAAACGAAAAAGGAACCUAUUGGGGCAAAGAAGGGAAGAACAAGAUGAAUCGAAAUCUAGUCAAAUGUUUUGUGUGUGGAUUAUUUAUUUUGUUAAAUAGGUUGUAUUUAGUAAAGGAAGACCCCCUCAGUCAAGCUCCUCAACCCUGAACUUGCCCGCACUACUCUUCCCCAGACCGUGUUUUAGUCAAUUUGAUUUCAAUUGGUUCUGUUUUCUGAGUUUUAACAAAAACCACACUACUGAUGAACCGCCGACAGUCGACAUAUGUAGGAGAUGUCGACGACGCGAAAAAAUGAGACUUUUACAGAGCUGUCAAAGCACGCAGAUGAGAGCCGAAUAGCAGAAGAAUCCUAACCUCAAAACAUAUAAUAGUGAAAGAAAAGAAACUAAACGAUAACCAUAGCUUAGAGCCAUACCAAAAAACAGUAACAAUCGAAAACGCAGCAAGCGGUGAAUCGACGCUGGAAGUUUGCAAAGGAAUCAUGUAAGGAAUCUUAUCAAAAAUCGUGCCUUUUCGUGCUGAAGAGAAACAGAAACAGAAAAAAGGAAAACGUGAAUACAAUGCACAUUGGGAAAACUUAUACCAAAAGUGGGGAAAAAAUAAUAAAUUUCUGGUUACGAGGCUCUGGAAGAAGGCUACUUUUUUUAGGAAAAUCGAGGCGAAAAAGACUUAAGAAAGAAAAUGUCGAAUGGGGUAUUAAUUUACCAUCAGAGCCUCGUGAUAGAAAAUAUUUUAAUUUUUCCCAUUCUUGGAAACAAAAUUCCUAUGUGCAAUGGCACUACCUAACAGCAACCCCCCGUAAACUUUGAAUCUUUCCCGUAUUGUGUAGCAUUUUAUCAACAAAAACAAAUGUAAGAGAAAACGAAUGAAGCGCACCACCUACAAUUUUGACAAUAUAGAGUUUAAUAAUCGAACUAAACAACCAGAGAAGCGUAAGGAAUCAUAGAAAUCGUUUUUAAUCAACCCCCACGAAAUCAGAAGACAGUAGAAACAACCGCGUAUUUUAACGAAAACUUUUAGUCCGGUUUCGUAACCUGUACUGGCACACACAAAGGUCUCUUAAAGCCGCGUGCAUAGACUUGCAACACUUGACCAGCGAAGAAUCCCAUCAAUUCAGCGUGUUAGCACCGCAGGAAUCGUAAACGUUAACAUCUUUUUAUAUGAUAGAACUGACAUAAUAAAAAAAAACCCCCACACAAUCUGUACAACUUUUCUUUUUCUAUUCCUUCUUUUUACCAACUAUCCACCGACACAAACGUUUCCACGCGCGCGAACGAGCAAAAGAAGCUUCAAAUCGCAGCUGCAGGCCGUAUGAAUCGCGUUUUGCGAAGAAAAGGCAGAUCACCCUGAAGCUUGAAUUUCGAAACGGAGAAUAGCAAUCCUAAUUCUAGUAGAGAUUAAGUUUAAACAAAAAUGAUGGAAAAACGUAAACACCCAUUGAACAUGAAGGAAUCUCAUUAUAUUGCAAUUGCUAAAUUUAAACAAGGAAAAAUACUAUUUCAACAAAUUGAACAAACGAGCCGCAUUUUGCGGUGACUAUUUUUAAAGACCCCAUGUAUAAAGCUAUGGAUAACAAAAAAAAAAAAAAAACGAAUAAUUGUUUAAGGGAGGAAAGUAUUUUAUACUUGAAACAAUAAAAAAUACAAAAAAAAUAAAGGAGGGAAAUAUUUCGACAGUGGAAUAAGCAUAUUAAGCAGAACAACGGAAGAGAAAUAUCAAUUACUUUAGUACUAUAAAAAAACAUACAAACACAAUUAUCACAUUUCAACAAUAACAAACAAACAAAAUUGAACAUAAACUCAAAUUACCAAGUGGAACCAAAAAAAAACAAACAAAAACAUAUAAACAGUCUAACACAGACCUACAAACACCCACGCAAACUCACUUUGACACAAUGAAAGGAAAUUAGCAUGCAGUGUGUUUCGUACGCCCAGUACGAACCGACAAACAGCUUGCUAUUGUUCCGAUCAAUGCGUUACGCAACGGAAAACGUAAACGGUUAGUAACUACGUACGUGAAAGAACGGAACAAAAAAACAAGAGUGACAAAACAAGAACACACGAAGGAGUAACGUGGAAAAAUAUGGAAAUAAUUAUUAUACAAGAUUAGAAGGUAUAUAUUUAAAAUAAAAAAGAAACCUAUACGAAAAUAA